AUGGCUGUCAAAAUGCUGCCUAGCAACAGCUCCGGUCUCAUGGCGACCGAUCUGCAACUGUUUCACAAUGAGAAAUUCCUUCUGAAUCUGACCCAAGUGCUUAAUAUCUCGGCGGAGAACCUGAGCAGUCUGCUGCAGAACCUGGAGCCAGAGGAGCUGCUGCCCACGGCCACCCAAAUGGCGCCGCUUUCCCUGCUGGCAGCUCUAAGCGUGGGCUACGCCCUCAUCUUUGUCGCCGGCGUGCUGGGAAAUCUCAUCACAUGCGUCGUCAUCUCCCGGAACAAUUUCAUGCACACGGCCACCAACUUUUACCUGUUCAAUCUGGCCAUAUCCGACAUGAUACUGCUGUGCUCAGGCAUGCCCCAGGACCUGUACAAUCUCUGGCACCCACACAAUUAUCCCUUCAGCGAUGCCAUCUGCAUAUUGGAGAGUGUCCUUUCGGAGACUGCGGCCAAUGCGACUGUUCUCACAAUUACCGCUUUCACCGUCGAGCGAUAUAUUGCCAUUUGUCAUCCGUUCAGGCAGCACACGAUGUCCAAGUUGUCACGGGCCGUUAAGUUCAUAUUUGCCAUCUGGAUAGCUGCUCUCCUGCUGGCCCUUCCCCAGGCCAUCCAGUUCUCGGUGGUGGUGCAGGACAUGGGCCUUGGAUCGGGAUCCUCUUGCACGAUGAAAAACGACUUCUUCGCGCAUGUGUUUGCCGUAUCGGGCUUCCUGUUCUUCGGUGGCCCCAUGACUGCCAUCUGUGUGCUCUAUGUACUCAUCGGGGUGAAGCUUAAGAGGAGCAGACUCCUCCAGGCCCUGCCCAGACGUUGCUACGAUGUGAACCGCGGCAUCAGCGCCCAGACGCGCGUCAUCCGGAUGCUGGUGGCAGUGGCGGUUGCCUUUUUCAUCUGCUGGGCGCCCUUCCAUGCCCAGCGACUGAUGGCGGUCUAUGGGUCCUCGUCGGGCAUUGAGUCGCAGUGGUUCAACGACGUCUUCAGCAUCCUCGACUAUACGUCCGGCGUGCUUUACUUCCUCUCCACCUGCAUUAAUCCUUUGCUCUACAACAUCAUGAGCCACAAGUUUCGUGAGGCCUUCAAGGUCACUCUGGCCCGACAGUUUGGAUUGGGAGGCAAGAACCAGGGUCGAGGACUUCCCCAUACUUACAGUGCGCUCAGACGCAAUCAGACGGGCUCAUUGCGACUGCACACAACAGACAGCGUGCGAACCACAAUGACUUCCACCACAACGACCACCACCACAGUGCUGAACGGAGGCGGUGUCUCUGGCAAUGGAGCAGGAGCAGCGGCAGCAACGGCGGCACGCCUAAACCGCAUGUCCUUGGACAGUGUCCAGUUGCAGGCACAGAAUCGCAGCCGUCAGGAUCUGUUCGAGAAUCCACGUCGCCCACUACAGACGCAGAUAUCACAGCUGUCGUCGGUGGGCGAUGCCCACUCGCUGAUGGAGCAGGAUGUGCACUUUCCGGAGGGGCAGCUGCAGCGUCAGCCCACCAUGUGCUCCAUUGACGAGCUCUCUGAUGACUUGGCCAUUUCACGGUCCCGCCUUAAACUCACCCGCAUCACCCGUCAGUCGGGAGCGGGAGCGGGAGUGGGAUCAGAGCUGACUGGAGUGGGCGGUGACAGUGAGUCGAGUGGCAGAGUGCGCAAGGCAAAGACGAAAACGCUAAAGGGUCCUGGUGCUCUCAAGAGUCUUAGAGCGAAAUUCAAUUGGCGUGCCAGACGCAAAGGCGGCCACAAACCGCAGACGCAGGCGGUGGCACGGGGAGCAAGCGAUGAGCGGGCCGCCUUCUAA